CCCAGCGGCCUUAUCUGGACAACCUCGUUGUGUCCAGCUGUUGCUUCUCCAGCAUCGGUUGCAUGCCCCAUUCACGUCCUGCCUCAUUUCUGGCUCUAAAUAGUGAAGUCGGCUUAUCUUCAAGUCUGGGAUCUCGAUUUUUAGUGGUUCCGCAACGAAGUCAUGAAGUUACCCCGUCAUACGAACCACCGACGGUGAACCUAUCCUCUUUGUGCCUACAUAGAUCUCGCGCAUUCUUGGUUACCAGGCGACAAAAUGAGUUUUCUUGAUUCUGUUCUUUCAUCCAUCGAGACGGGCAAACCGUCUCCAAUCCCAUCCACCUCUUCUUUACCGACUCCUCCUGUGUCCGGCCCGAGUACUAGGCCUCCGGCUCGCAGGCCAAUCCAUGUCCGUCGGGAUGGCGCUCCCGAGCGCAAACCUAUUGAUACAGGAACGAAACGGAAGGCUGAGGAGCAGCUGGCUCGUCCCGCAAAACCUGUUCCCCCAGCACCCGCCAGGACAACUGCUACAACUACGAUGAGGCCUGCCGUAUCCACGGCCCCUAGGCCCCGUUCUAGUGCUCAAAUUACAUCCACAUCCACAACAUCAACCAUCAAGAGCCGCUCGUCGACUCCGCAGAAGGCACCCCCUGUGUCAUCGAAGCCUCCCCCUAAAGGCUCUUUUGCGGAUCUCAUGGCGAAGGCUAAACAACUACAACAAAAGGCCCCGACUCAAGUGGGCAUGUUCAAACAUCAGGCUGCGCCGAAAGAAAAGGUCAGUAAGGUGGAACGCAAAAAGAAGGCAGCGGAGACAUCCUCGAAAGAGAAAGAUGCACGGUCGGCGAAGAAACCCGGUGUCAUUACUGGUCAUGCAGGUGCUCAUGAAACAGCUACCAAAACUAAACCUGGUGACAGCAAGGUCGUUAAGAAGCGGGAAUCCGAGCCGUUAUCUUACAAAGGCACUGCAAGACCGACUCCGAAUUCGAAUCCGACUCCUUCUUCAAACCAAAACGAGUACCGAGGAACUUCCGGCCUGCCUCCGCGAAAAAACCCUGCCGAGUGGAAGGCCCAAUCUAGGGCCAGCAAACGGUCUCGAAUGGAUGAAUACCUGGGGACUGACGAAGAAGAUGAGGGGGAGUAUGCGGAUGAUUACGAUGACUACUUCUCGGAAUCGUCGGAUAUGGAGGCAGGCCUGGACGCUAUGGAGGAAGAGGAAGCUGCUGCACUGGCGGCGGCAAGACGCGAGGAUGAAGAGGAAUGGCGCGCGGAGCUUGCAGCCAAGCAGCAGAAGCUGGACCGCCGCAAGAAGCUCACGGCUUUGGCCGCGCGCCGAUAAGGGGCGAUGCUGCUAUUAUUAACAGAUAUAUCCCGCUAGGAGAUUCACCCCGAUUUAGGCAUUCCCUUUUGUUUUUGGAACCGGAGCAUCAGCGAGGAAUACCCCGAGGGUGCGUUACAUACGACGUUACUGGUCUUCUUUGUUUUCAUUUGUCCUUUUUGUAUCAUUUUGGAUGAGCAUCAGCGAGCGUCAAGGUGUCGAUAGAUGGGGGUCCAGUCUCUUUCUUCCUUUUCACUUUACAUAUUAUUACUUCACAUACAAUAGCCGGCGUCACCGUCACUGUCCUUGUCGUAGCUUUGAAUGAAAUUGGAUACUAUGAAGCUGUG